AUGGCGCCCGUUAUGACCAUCGAAGACCUGUCGUUCGGGAGACUCGAGAAGUGCUCAGUGCUCCUGAAGUCGAGCUCACCCCCAAGCGCAGACACCGUCGUCUCCAUGCUCCGCUCCCUCACGCUCGACGACGACUACUUCCACCGCCGCGCCCUGCACAAGAUCUGCACCCAGCGCUCGCCCAUCGACGACUUCCUCCCCCAGGCAAGCGAGAUCGUGCCCGGGCUCUUCGUCUCUGACCUCUACACCGCGACCUCCCCCGCCGUGCUCCAGCGGCUCGGCAUCACGCACGUCGUCUCCGUCGUCCGCAAGCCGGCACACCGCUACCCGAAGGUGAUCAAGCACCUCUGCGUGCCGAUCGACGACCACCACGACUCCGCGCUGCUCGACUACCUCGACGGCACCGUCGACUGGAUGCGCGCCGCGCUCGCCGGGGGCGGCCGCGUGCUCGUGCACUGCGUGUGGGGCAUGAGCCGCAGCGCGAGCGUCGCGAUCGCGUACCUCAUCGCGGCGCACUGCAUGUCGCUCGCGGAGGCGCAUGCGCAUGCGCGUGCGGCAAGGCGCGUCGUGAGGCCGAACGCGGGGUUCGUCGAGCAGCUGAAGGCGUUCGAGCGCGUGACGCGCCUCCGGGAGGCGCAGCUGCACAAGUUUGUCGAGCGGAGGGCGUGGGCGGAGGCGAACGCCGAUGCGAACGCGAAGGGCACGGUCGACGCAGACGAGUUGACUCGCCGCAUGCAGAUGCUUGCUACGCAGUCAUGA